AAAAAUGGCGGCUGCGGUGUUUUGAGUUCUAAUUUGAAAUCGUAUCGUUUAUAACAAAAUGCUCGAGCUAAGCGGUGUCUUGGUGACAGAAAAUCUGUUUUAAUGCUUUUAAGGGGGCUCUGGUUUCUUAUCUAUGGGCUCAAAUGAUGUAAUCGCAGUGCAUCAGUCAGUUUUGGGCAGCUGUGUUUGCUCUUCAGCUGAUGUGACUUCCUUGCCAGAUCCAUAUGAUGUUGCAAGAAAUUUGCUGUCAGGCUUUUAUGAUUAUAAAAGACUGAGGCAUAUUCCCUCCAGAGAAUUUAAGCCAUGGUAUGAUGAGAGUACCUUAACCUGUUUGUGCUUCAAGGUACUUCCCCCAAAGUUGACAGUGAUUUCAGAACUGACACCAAACCAAUCAUCAGUUUUAAGGCAAAACUUCUUAUCAACAAGUGACAACUUACUUGACUUUUCACCUGUGUAUUCUGGUAAAUCAGGCUUAAAAAAAGCACAGCUGAAGAAAGGUGAUCAUCAGGGUAGUUGUGAUGACGAAGAGAAGAUUGUGAGCAGAACAUGUAACAAUCCUCCUGCAGAACACCAUAGCCCCUGGAGUAGGGGUGGUAGUGUAGAUUGUUCUAAAUGUGGUAGUGGAAAGAGCAAACUGUUGGAGGAAGCUCUAAAUCCUAUAAAUACCUCAGCCAAAUCAUUGUGGUGUGUCAGUCCUCCACGUAUCAAUUGCAGGAAAGGGAAAGAAAAAGAGACUGUUUUGGAAAAAUUCAAGGAGACAGACCUUCUCCAAGUGAAGCAACAGUAUGGAUUGGAUUAUCAUCAACGAGGAAAAUGGAUUGUUUGUGCCAAAAAAUGUUCCUUAAAAGAGGAGAAUUUCACAAUAAAACAACUUUGGAAGAAAGUAUGCUCAUUGAUCCAAGAAGGUCGUCUUCCUUACUGCAAUGCAAAACUUCAGACAUUGCAAGAUGAGGUGUGGGUGUACUGUGACUUUGAACACUCAUUAAAGGUCAGAAGUACCUUAGAAGAGGCCCUUGGAAAUUUCUUCCUGGAAAUUUCUUUCGUCGUUCAUCCUGUUGGCGUUGUUAUGGAACUAUGAUAAAGAAACUCUAAAGUCGUUUCACCACUUAGCCUGCGUGAAAGCCCGAAAAGAUCGAAAGAGCCGCGUGCAAGAGAGAGCAGACACGCUCCUCUCUCACGCAGGACUACUCUUGUGUGCUAGCCGUCGUAAUCACCAGCAUCGUGUUCCUCUCGCAGAAUCUUUUUACACUUAACAAAAUUUUAAAAUGUUAACAGAACUCAUUAUUGCAUCAAUUACUAACUUGAACUAGCUUACGUUGGUUAUUUAUUCAUUAAAUCUUAGACGCAUUUGCGGCAAUCGCAAUACUUUUCACACGUCACGGCAUCAUCGCUGUUUUUAACGAGUUUUGCAUUAAAUGUAACUGACACAUUACCUUCUACUGAAUACACUAACGCAGAUUUUACAUUAUUUAUAGAUAUACCGGUAUAUUUAUUUACUUGAUUGGAUAUUUGCUAGAUCGAGGCUAUAAAUUAUCAUUGAUUUGCUUGAUCAAUAUACAUGUAUCUGGCUGGUUCCACUUCUGACCAUUAUUGUAAGUGCGUUGUAACUUAGUUAGAUGUUACAAUUCAACAAUGAAUUUAUUUCCUUGUGGAAUAAACUAAGGGAAGAAUUGUCAGAGAG